CUCCGUCGCGCCCGCAGCCUCCGCCUACCGUUGACGAUGUGCUCUGCCGCCUCUGAGCCCUCUCUCCCGCCCACCUCCGUCCGCGUGGGCGUGGUGGGCGGCGGCCAGCUCGGCCAGAUGAUGGCGCUCGCCGCCCACCGCCUCGGCGUCAAGCUCACCUGCCUCGACCCGGGAGGGCUCGCGUCGCCGACCGGCAAGGUGUGCGGCGCGGCGGUGACGGGUGGGCUGGCGGACGGCGCGGCGAUCCGCAAGCUCGCCGCCGAGGUCGACGUGCUCACCGUCGAGAUCGAGCACAUCGACACCGCCUCCCUUGCCGCCAUCGAGGCCGAGGGCAAGGUUGCGGUGCACCCGUCGCCGCGCACGCUCGCCACGAUCCAGGACAAGCUGCUGCAGAAGCGGCACCUCUCCACCGUCGACGGCGUCAGCCUGGGCGACUUCUGCGACGUCCCGGACGCCGCCGCCCUCCUCGCUGCCGGCGAGACGUGGGGCUACCCUCUCAUGCUCAAGGCGCGGACCCUGGCCUACGACGGCCGCGGCAACGCCGUCGUCCGCUCGGCUGCCGAGGCCGAGUCUGCCUUUUCCUCACUCUCCCGCGGCGGUGCGGUGCCGCUGUAUGCAGAGCGGUGGGCGGAGUUCGUCUCAGAGCUGGCGGUAAUGGUUGCGCGCGCACGCGACGGCACCGUCGUCACCUACCCACUCACCGUCACCGAGCAGCGCGACUCGAUGUGCCACACCGUCGUCGCCCCCGCGCCGGUGGCCGCCAGCGUCAGCGAGCAGGCGCUCGCCGUCGCGCGCAAGGCGAUCAGCUCCCUGUGGGGCGCCGGCAUCUUCGGCGUGGAGUUGUUCCACAUGAAGGACGGCUCCGUCUUGCUCAACGAGAUCGCUCCUCGCCCUCACAACUCCGGCCACUACACCAUGGACGCGUGCGUCACCGAGCAGCACGAGAUGCAUUUGCGCUGCGUCGCCGGCUUGCCGCUCGGGGACACUUCCAUGAAGGUUGUCGCCGCCGCGAUGUACAAUGUCAUCGGCUCCGCCGACGGCAAGCUCUCCACCACCCUCGCCGCCGUCGACGCUGCGCUCGCCAUGCCGUGCGCUGCUCUGCACUGGUACGGCAAGGCGCCUCCCAAGCCGCGCCGCAAGAUGGCGCACGUCAACCUCGUCGGAGGGUCGCGCCACGAGGUCGCGAUCGCCUUGCGGAAGCUCGAGGCGAUCGCCGACGCCGCCAACGGCGCUCCGGUGGUCAGCAUUAUAAUGGGGUCCGAUUCGGACCUGCCGUGCAUGAAGGCCGCCGCGGAGGUGCUCGAGCAGUUCGGCGUCGCCUACGAGAUUACCAUCGUCUCGGCCCACCGCACGCCGUCGCGCAUGUACGAGUUUGCGCGCGAGGCGGACGCGCGCGGCGUGCGCGUCAUCAUCGCCGGCGCGGGCGGCGCGGCUCACUUGCCAGGCAUGGUCGCCGCGCUGACCCCGCUGCCCGUCAUCGGCGUGCCCGUCAAGUCGUCGGCGCUGUCCGGCAACGACUCGCUCCUCUCGAUCGUGCAGAUGCCGCGCGGCGUGCCGGUUGCGACCGUCGCGAUCCACAACGCCGCCAACGCCGGCCUCCUCGCCGUCCGGACGCUCGGCGCGGCCGACCCGACGCUGCGCCGCAAGAUGGCGGCCUACAUGGAGUCGCAGGAGGCGGAGGUGCUCUGCAAGGCAGACAAGCUCGAGAAGGGCGGCUUCCGCGCCUACCUCGAUGGCGCGUAGGGGCGCGGCGGGCCGCGGGCGGCAGCGGCGGACGGGAGGUAGCUACAUCGGCACCGCCCCCGGUCGUUGUUGCGCGCGGCAGCUGGCGCCCGGCGGUUGGGAUAUGGGGGCAGGCAGCUGGGGCGGCCCGGACAAAGCGAUGCGCGCGCGCGGCGGGCGUCUAGAUCUCUACCGUCUUGCCGCGGGGGGGUGCGCUCUCUCUACUCUUAAGAGUUCGCCAAUUACGGCUUAGUUUAUCAC